AUGCUGGGGGGCAGCUCCGGUGCCCGAGAGCGCGAGGCGGAGGGCGACGGGGCGGAGGCUGUGCCUGCGCCUCCUGCCAUCGAGUUCCCGGCCGACGGCUCGGACCCCAAGUAUGAUGAAUCUGAUGUCCCAGCAGAACUCCAAGUAUUAAAAGGACCCCUACAACAGCCGACUUUCCCUUUUGCAGUUGCAAACCAACUCUUGCUCGUCUCUUUGCUGGAGCACUUGAGCCAUGUGCAUGAACCAAACCCGCUCCGUUCAAGACAGGUGUUUAAAUUGCUUUGCCAGACCUUUAUCAAAAUGGGGCUGCUGUCUUCUUUCACCUGUAGUGAUGAGUUUAGCUCAUUGAGGCUACAUCACAACAGAGCUAUUACUCAUUUAAUGAGAUCUGCUAAAGAGAGAGUUCGUCAGGAUCCUUGUGAAGAUAAUUCUCAUACCCAGAAGAUCAGAUCAAGGGAAAUAGCCUUUGAAGCACAGACUUCACGUUACCUAAAUGAAUUUGAAGAGCUUGCUGUCUUAGGCAAAGGUGGAUACGGAAGAGUGUACAAGGUCAGGAAUAAAUUAGAUGGUCAGUAUUAUGCAAUUAAAAAAAUCCUGAUUAAUGGUGCAACUAAAACAGAUUGUAUGAAGGUACUACGGGAAGUGAAGGUGCUGGCAGGCCUUCAGCAUCCUAACAUAGUAGGCUAUCACACUGCUUGGAUAGAACAUGUUCACGUGACCCAUGCACAAGAUCGAAUUUCUAUUCAGCUGCCAUCUCUGGAAGUGAUCUCUGACGAGGAGGGUGACAGAAAUCAACAUGUUAAAAAUGAUGAAAGUAACAGCUCAUCCAUUAUCUUCGCCGAGUUCACCUCAGGAAAAGACAAAUCCUUAGGAAAAUCUGGCAUUGAAAAUCGGAAUAAUAGAUUGGUGAACUACAGCACCAGUUUAAUCCCCAGAGACACCAGUGAAUUUGAAUCACCCAGUUUUCUCCAAAGAAAUGGUUUGGCUGAUUUGCCUUCCAGCUCAAUUAUUGAACAUCAGCUGCCACUUAGGCAUCAUUCCGACUUAGAAGAGAAUUUCACAUCCACUGGGGAAUCUUCUGAAAACUUAAGUUUGUUGGGGCAGACAGAGGUGCAGUACCACUUGAUGCUGCACAUCCAGAUGCAGCUGUGUGAGCUCUCCCUGUGGGACUGGAUAGUGGAGAGAAACCAGCGGGGUCGGCAGUAUGUGGACGAAUCUGCAUGUCCUUAUGUCAUGGCCAGUGUUGCAACAAAGAUUUUUCAAGAACUGGUGGAAGGUGUAUUUUACAUACAUAACAUGGGAAUCGUACACAGAGAUCUGAAGCCAAGAAAUAUUUUUCUUCAUGGCCCUGAUCAGCAAGUAAAAAUAGGAGACUUUGGUCUGGCCUGCACAGACAUCAUUCAAAAGAACACAGACUGGAUCGGUAGAGAUGGGAAGAGGCCACCCACACACACUUCCAGAGUGGGUACUUGUCUAUACGCUUCACCUGAGCAGUUGGAAGGAUCCGACUAUGACGCCAAGUCAGAUAUGUACAGCUUGGGUGUGAUCCUGCUAGAGCUCUUUCAGCCAUUUGGAACAGAAAUGGAGCGAGUACACAUUUUAACAGGUUUAAGAAGUGGUCAGAUACCUGACUCCCUCAGUAAGAGGUGUCCCGUGCAAGCCAAGUACAUCCAGCACUUAACUAGAAGGAAUGCAUCUCAGAGACCAUCUGCUCUUCAGCUGCUGCAAAGUGAACUUUUCCAAAAUUCUGGAAAUGUUAACCUCACCCUACAGAUGAAAAUACUAGAGCAAGAAAAAGAAAUCGAAGAACUAAAGAAGCAGCUGAGUCUCCUUUCUCAGGACAAAGGGGCCAAGGAUGAUAUGAAGGAUGGGACUGUGCCCGUCCUGCCUUAA